UUCGUGUGUUGCCUCGGCCGGGUUCUGCCUCGCCAGGUUAGCUAGUAUGUCCUGUGUGUGGCCUAGCUGGCAGCUAACCAGCUAGCAGUCGCAGUGUGAACGGAACCUCUCUUUUUUGAGAUAUUGUAAGAUAACUAGGGUAGUUGUUGGACUUAUUUACCAUUUACCAAUUACCAAACCAUUUGCGCCUAAAAUCCAUGUGACAGAAGCGUUGUACCUGUUUUUGUUUUGUGUGUUUAUUAGCCUUGUGGCUAACCCAGUUAGCACCAGGAUAGCCAUUGUGGUGUUUACUGAUGAUCCGUAACUGUCAAUACUGUUUUAAUAUAACGUUAAAUAUUCACUGGUUUAAGUGUUGCACAAGCCCGGGGUGGGCGCUGUGUACUGUUCAGUGAGGUUGGACCCAGAGCCGGCAUGUAUGUGUCCUUUUACAGCUCGGUGUGUUGAGGGAAGAUAAAAGCUAGCCAGCGUUGGCUAUUCUCUACUGUCCUCUCGCAUCUUCCUCUCGCUUGAGCCAAACCCGGAAAACCCGUGUCACCGUUCACUUAGGAAAUGGUUUUACGCUAAAGUGUUUUUUUAGGCCUGCUUGAACUAGAGCAAAGAUUAACGAUCACGUACACAGUUUAUUGUGUUGAUUACGUUCGUAACAUUAGAUUAAAGGUGAACGAAUGGCCAUUUCACGAUUCUUUUAUUGAUUAGCAGUAGCUACACGUUCGGCUUUCAGUUCUAGUUGUGUACUUAAGCUAACGUCAGUCUCCUGUUUACACACUUUAUUGAUUCAAUGUCAAAAGAUACUUUUAGAAAAAUAUUGUUCUCUUUUAUACUUGAUGCUUAUUUACUAUAUGGUUUUUGUGUUUAGACUGAGUUAGUGUGUUUAUAGCAUAGUAGUACACCUUACUUUCUCGCAUCUUCAGGUAAAUGACACAGUUAUGCAGUGAAACGUGAGCCACUAGUCCUUCUUAACAGACCACGUUUUACCUGAUCUGUCCAAAAGCCCCGAGGCUAAGUGCUAUCUGGGGACACGCAGCUUGUUAGCAUCUACACGCUACUCAAUUGAUUGUGCUCUCUAUCAAGAGGUUCAGUUUUGUUUAACUGUUUUCGAGGGAUGCUGAUUCAGCUGUUUUAAGCUUUAGGCUCACAGCUGUGUUUGUAUAGAGUAAUCAUUUUUUUUAUAUUGGCUGUAGAUGUCUGAAUUAAACUUACUCUGACAGGUGCACCUGCUGCAGAUGGUAUUUAACAUUGAGGUGGUUUCUUGUAUAUGCAAACAGUCAUUGAUUUCAGCAGCUGAAUUCCACAUAAGUGCUUGAAGGUGGCUCCUCUGCUGGACCUUUCCUGUUCAGGUUGUAGGAGGAGAGGUAGAACUGCUUGGAUAAUACUAAAUGGAGAGGGACAAGCAAGCACCCCGUGUCAACGAAAGCUGCAAAGGCAUUACCACUCCUGCUUGAGACCUGCUGUAUCGAUGACUUCACCUAAAAAAGGUGACUGCAUUUGACCACAUAGAGCUGACUGUUCUCCAGAAACCUGUGGGCUGUUGCUAUGGAUGGAGAGGAAGAGUUAUCCCACAUGUGUGAGGAUGUAAGCAACGAACCCAAUGGCUCCGCUUACAGUAAAAAGAGAGAGGCGAAAGGGACUUGCCUGAGAAUCGAGGGUCAGGAUGGGUACGUGUUCAAGUCCUAUAGCAUAAACCCUCACGAAUUUAUGGAUGCAAAGUCACCUGCUUGCUCCUCAGUUACACUGGAUAAGGAUCCCCCUCCUUCUCUCCACUUAUGUUCUCAGGAUAGCAAAUAUUUGGAGUCCGAUAUAUCAAAUCAUCUUGAUCCAGGUUCUCCUGCUCUGUCAAACAAGAGCCCAAACAUUAAUACUGGCGAAAUGACUGAUCAUGAAAUGUAUGAAAAUGGUAAUAUGGCAGGUCAGCAUGUCAGAGAGGACAUUGGGGAUGCAAAUGAAAAAGAGGACGAAACACAAGAUGAUGAUAGCUUAGCAUUCGGCAGUUCUAUUGGUCCUUUUGUAACUAGAGAUGGUGAUGAAUAUAGUAAUUUACUAAGUGGAUACACAAGCACCCUUUAUGACGUUGCCAUGGACGCUGUCACUCAGAGCCUUUUGUCAUCUAUAAGGAGUCACGCCAAUCCAAGGAAGAAAUCUCCUGCAUGGAAUCAUUUCUGCAUAUCACCACGAGACAGUACCAAAGCAAUCUGUUUAUAUUGCAUGAAAGAAUUCAGUCGGGGUAAAAAUGAGAAAGACCUCAGUACGAGUUGUUUAAUGAGGCAUGUACGAAGGGCUCACCCCACUGUGCUUUUACAAGACGGAGCAGACGCACCCUUAAAUAAUCUGACUAGCUCCUUCUCCUCAUCGUUGAUACCUCCCUCCCCGAGCUCACCAAAAAACGGAGACUUGACAAAUAGCUUCAUCAAUUCUGCCUCAAAGAACACUUCACCGUCCACCUCAUCAGCUGAAAAUUCAGAUAUGUCAUCCAAAGAAGUGUUACCCAAAGUCGAACCAAAACUAGAACCAUAUGCCAGCAUGGAUGCGAUCUGCAGCAUGCUCCCAUCCUCACAUUCCAAUGAAAGCAACCACGAAGACAUGUCAGACGGAGGACCCGAGCGCCUCCCUGGGACCCCAAAAAGCUCUAGUUCCCGUCGAAGAUCAGCUGUGUGGAAACAUUUCUACCUGUCGCCUGCUGACAAUUCCAAAGCAGUAUGUAUCCAUUGUAUGAAUGAGUUCAGUAGAGGUAAAAAUGGGAAGGAUCUUGGGACAAGCUGUCUUAUUCGUCACAUGUGGAGAGCCCACAAAGAGGUUGUCAUUGAGGAAAACGGGCAGGGCAAUCACAUUCCCCCACCCUAUACAAACCCUCCCUCUCUUUUGUCACGCACACAACUACAGGAUCCUCCAGAAGUCAAAAAAGAAUCACCUCUGCUUCCAUCCUCCCCAGAAACUACGUCAGACGAGUUACCCCAAAACAUGGAGGAAAGCAUGGAUAUUCAGGAGGAAUCUGACGAGGUCAUGCAUCUCUCAGGGCAAGAGUCCUCACUCAAUAUCUCCUUCAAAGCUCAGGGGGAGGAUAGCCCCCUGACGUCCUCACCGUGUGAUAUCUCUGAGGGCCCCGGCCUCCAUCAGGAUCAUUUAGUGUUCCAGCAAAACAAGAAGAUCAUGAAACGGGUGAAAUCGGAAGUGUGGCACCAUUUCAUAGUGUCACCUGUUGACCAGUUAAAAGCACUGUGCCGUUACUGUCCAUGUGUCAUCAGCAGGGGGAAGCGGGGCGAUUUUGGUACAAGCUGUCUGAUGAGGCAUCUAAUGAGACGUCACCCGGACGUCCUCAAAAACCAAAAAAGCACAGAUGAGAAGGAAUCCCCCCCUCAUCCGUAUACCAAUCUCACUGCAACAGACGCAGUUUCAACCAAAGGAACUGAGAGCCCCGCCAGUGAGACAAAGCCACAAACUCUGCCUGUUUUCAGUAAAAAGACAUCAAAACUGUGGAACCAUUUCUCCAUUUCACCUGCUGACCCCACCAAGGUGGUUUGUUUGCACUGUAGCCGCACAAUUAGCAGAGGCAAAAAGACUACAAACCUUGGCACAAGCUGCCUCUUCAGGCACAUGCAGAGGUUUCACGGACAUGUUCUUGAAAGUAACAAUACUAUCUCAGGUGAUGUGCCCUCUGCUGAUGUUCAUGUUAAGCAAGAGCUGAUGGAGACGUCGGUUUUUGAAACACAACAGGAGAAUGAGAGGUUUGAUGAAGACCACCCGGCUGCCAAAAAAAUCACCAAACUUCUCGCAGAAAUGCUCGCACUGGAUCUUCAGCCAUCAGCUUUGGUGGAGAAUGCUGGGCUGAACAGACUGCUAGAGUACCUCCAGCCUCAGUAUUCUCUACCACCCUCUUCCUACUUUACCAGCACUGCCAUACCAGAUAUGUAUGAAAGGGUGAAGGAUGUUGUCCUGACCCAUCUGAAAGAGGCUGAAGGCGGUGUUGUCCACUUUACAACUAGUAUUUGGGUCACCAGCCAGACAAGGGAAUAUCUGACCCUCACUGCUCACUGGGCAACAUAUGAGUCAAGUGUCAGACCUCAGGGUCAGGAUUUUCACUGCUCCGCUCUCCUAAGCGUCUCAAAAAUAGACUGCGAUCACGAUAUGCAAGACAUCCCAAAGCAGCUUGAGUUUCUGUGGGAUUCUUGGAUCACCUCAUCUGGGCUCAAAAAGGGAUUCACUGUCACUGAUAACAACACCAUCAGAAACACAUUGGAGGACCACGGCCACAUAACCGUGCAGUGUUUUGGCCACACUAUAGACCUCAUUGUUAGCGAAGCCAUAAAGAGCCAGAGAAUGGUUCAGAACCUUCUGAGUAUUGCACGGAAAAUUUGUGAACGUGUGCACCGCUCAGCCACGGCCAAGGAGAAGUUGGCCGAGCUCCAGGGCGUCCACCAGCUGCCAGAGAACCAACUGAUUCAGGAUGUUCCUUCCAAAUGGAGGACCUCGUUUUUCAUGCUGGAGCGGCUGGUGGAGCAAAGGAAAGCCAUCGAUGAGUUGUCGAUUGAGUGCAAUUUCAGGGAAAUGAUCAGCUGCGAUCAGUGGGAGGUGAUGCAGUCAGUCUGCAACGCGCUGAAACCUUUCGAAGUAGCCUGCAGGGAGAUGAGCAACCGCACUGCCACUCUGGGACAAGUGAUACCACUCAUUCACAUUCUGAACAGAAAGAUUGACCUGCUCUUUGAUGAGACGGUAGGCAUAGACAACAUGCUUAAGUCUCUAAAGGAAGCCAUGGUGAGCAAAAUGUCAGCAACUCUGAAUGACCCGCGAUACACCUGGGCAACCAUGCUGGACCCACGAUACAAGACUUCCUUGUUCACGGAGGAGGAAGCUGAACAGUGUAAACAAGAUCUAAUUCGGGAGUUGGACUUGUGCUCUUCUACCUCAGUUGAAGAUAACCCUCCGCUGCCCAAUGGCUGCGACGAGGCCCCCCUUUCAUCCGACUCGAGCAAGGACAACCUCUGGUCUCUGAUGGAUGACGUUCGACAACAGGUAAAGCACGAAGAGAAGCCAAAGUCCUCAGACAUGGUAGUGUUGGAGUACCUUGAGGAAGAUAUUCUCGAUCAAAGCUGUGACCCCCUUGACUAUUGGAACCUGAAAAAGUUCUUGUGGCCCGAUCUAGCCAAAGUAGCCGCCCGUUAUGUGGGUUGCCCUCCCAGCAUCAUCCCAGCAGAGACACUGUUCAGCACAGCGAGUGUCAACUGUGCCCUGAAUCAGCCCAGGCCUUUACUGGAAAACAUGGAGGGCCUGCUUUUCCUCAAGGUCAACCUUCCCUUGAUUUAUUUUCAGUACUGAUUCAUAUUAAAAUGUAUCUUUAACACCCUUUAUUAAGGACCAAGUUGAAUGGCUGUGAAUUCUUUUUGUUGGGCAAAAUGUAAAAUAUCAAUUUAUACACUGAUUCUCAAUGCAAAUGCCAGAUUAAGGUUUUAUUGUGUUCUUUGUACUACUGUUAAACACUUGGAGCUGUUGUGAUUAAAGUCUCAGUCAUAAGUGUAUCAGGGAGGGAGGGGGUUUUUCUAGCUGUAGGGGUUGGUGACAAUGUGUUUGCUUGUAAAUCAAUGUUUCUUGUCCUCUGUAUCUACUUCAUCUUGUGCCUUAAUACGAAAACUACUUCAGGUCAAAAAUGCUGUAAAUAUUUUGUUAAAUUGUGCAGAUCACUUCAGGAUGCUUUUUGAUGAUGAUGAUGAUUAUUAUUAUAGGUUAAUGAUAGAUGCAGAUGUUUUCCCAAUGAAAACGUGGCCCAAAAGUAAAUGCUGUGACUGAAAGAUGUUUUAAGUUAAUGUUAUUUAAUUAUUAUUGUGGAUUUGUGGUGUACGGUACUGUCACUUAGAAAUAGACAUUUUUUACUUGCUGAAAAGUUUUUAUUAAGAUUGUGUAUAAUAGUGCUGUAUUUUUCAGAAUGAGGAUUUUGUUUGGAAUAUUCAACUUGUCUUGAGCACAACUUGCGUUUAUGUCCAGGGGUUUAAAUUAUGGGUUUAUUAUUGAGAAAAACAAUGUACUGUACAUUUUUAUAAGAAAUGACUUCUGAACCUAAUUUGAUAAAUGUUAGCAAUGAGACUGGAAACAUGCAAAUUUUGUGGUCAUUUGUAAAUAAAGGUUUUCCUAAUGCAA